AUGUCAACUCCCACUCCCCAGAACCACCCACUUCCGCGUCCUCCCCCGGUCCCGCAGCACGACGGCUUCUACGACGACGACCACCACUACCAAUCUCAUUCGUCAGACAGCCAGCCUUUGCCGCCGCCGCACCAACAGCAGAUCAAUUCCCCUGAAAAACAGGCGUUUCCGCGCUUGAGUUCAUACCCCUACCAACCGCCACAGCAGCAGCCACAGCAUCAUCGUCAGCAGCAAGGUCCGCUGCCACCGGCUCAUCAGUCUCACAAUUCUGGAUCAUCAAGGGGCCAUCAAAGCCCCCAAGACGAACGCCCACGCUCCAGACCACGGACUUUCAGUUUACGUUCCGACAAAUCUCACAGCAAUAGCAUUGACCUUCACGAAACUCACGCCGAGAAGGAAGCCAGGAGACUCCACAGCAAAGCAGAUCCCACUUUAGCAAUGAACGAGGCGGAGCCAACAGUCGUAGCUGCCACGGUCAAGUCAUCGCUGGCACCGCUGCGUAACAUGCAGCAUAAAGAUUACCAGGGAAAUGUCAUAGACGAUCCUGACAGGUCAAACCCCACGCGGAGCCGCUGGGAACGACCUUUGGACACUAUUCGAAGUUUCGAGGCUGCAAUCGAUGGUAAUUACAGCAACAGACAAUCGAUAAUGAUGCGGUCGGACUCGGAGUCUGUGGCAAACUGGAACCGUAGGAGUAGCUACUAUGGGAGCAAUAACUAUGGUAGCGCACCGGGCAGCUCGCGGGGCAACCGUUACCAGUCACGCGACAGCUACUUUAGCCUACGACCAAAUCAAUCAGAAUAUGGUUAUGGCAACGAGGGAGACAUGGCCGCACCCCGAGGGUAUAACGCGUACAGUCACGGACCACAGCAGAGAUAUUCCAGAAUGGCUUCUGAACCGCAUUAUAGCACGCCAAGACACGCUGAACCGUUGUAUCCAAUCCAGUCUCACCACCGAUCUUACGAGACAGUCGUAUCAGGCUCCGGCAGUGGCAUGUCAGGCGAACCUAAUGGUUAUACUACGGACCCGACCAGCAGUGAUAACAGCUCAAUCGAGCGCAUGCAGUCUCCGCCAAAGCGUCAAGCAGAAACACCCAACGACUAUGGCAUUGGCUUUAGCCAGAGCCCGACAUAUGCGUCGCAAUCGUUCACGGUGGGGGGCGUUCCGCCCCAAAAUGGGGCCCCGGCCAAUAACGCCUCCAUCAGCCCCAGUGGGCGUGAGGUCCCACCUGCGGUACCACACAAGCCAAACACGAUUACAAGGAAGCCCACACAGCAAUCUGCGACUUCCAACGCUCCAGAAAGGCCAGCAGCGGCCGAGAAGCGCAAGAGCUGGUUUUCUCGCCGCUUCAGCAAGAACAGCUGA